GUGUGUGUGCCUGUUGCUGCUAUCUUAAAUAUUAUUUGUGAGACGCCAUUUGCGUUGUGUGCAAAUACGCUAAGCAUUCAUUCGCCAUUUGGUUUUAUUGUGACAAUUAUUGUGGGCAUAAGUAGUAUCUGAGACUUGUAGCCACCAAUGGAUCCCGUAAAAGUUUUAUACAUUGAUGACGACUUUAGAUAAACUAUCCAAAGUUAAAAUGACGUUAAUUGUAUUUUAACCCGAUGAGUUAUUAUUUGCAAGUAAAGUUCAAUCGGUCGCGAGACCUCAACUAGUAAUGGUGACUUCAAAGGUUUAUUGAGAAGCUAGAAACUAAAAAUGGGGGCAUAUAAGCAUGAAGGACCUGACUGGAUUAGAUUGGAUGAUCCAUUCUUUUUGACCGUGCAAUGGGAAUUUGCCAGCACAAUAGACUGGCUCAUAACAGUAUUGCCAGUACGAGAACCGAAAGAGUCAGCAGGAAAAAGACUUUCUAUUCUCGAGUAUUUUCUAUCCAUGGACGAGGAGAAGUUCCGUGUCUUGCUAGAACACUGUCCACCAUGGACGAAGCAGCACCUGAUGAAAGCUCGGAGUCGGCGUUUGCAGAGGCGGUACAGCAGAAUAGUGAUCUUGGUCGUACAGGAAUCUGACUUGGAAUUGGAAUAGAUUUAAGACUAAAUUAAACAUAUUAUAAUUUUGUAUACGUUUUAAUAACAAUUGAUUAAACCAAAUUACAUCUAUUCUUUGGUGCGCAUUAAAAUUAUCUAUACAAGUACACUGGAUAAAUCUAUUUAUAUAU